CCACCUCCCUCUUUUUAGUUUCAUGUCAUCAUAACUCAUAACUAACGCGUUUCAAUCUUCACCAACCAUUUUUCAAACCCAAACUUCUACAUAUACACAUCCACAUCUACAAAACUUCUCGAGCUUCCAAGCAACACCACCUCUCUCUCUCUCUCUCUCUCUCUCUCUCUCUCAUAUUAAGAAACUAAUGGAGGUCGGUGCUUAUACGUCAAGCGGCAAAGAGCACUUGGCCUCAAAUCCGCGCAGACGCUCACAGCAAGAGUUCGACUCUCAUCCUGCCAUUCCAAUGAACCAAAAGAAAUCACAAGAACACAAGGCACAUCAAUAUAAAGUGAUGAAAGUCGGAGAAGCUUAUAACGCAAGUGGCAAAGAUCACUUGUUACCCUCAAACCCUCGUCGUCGUUCACUGCAAGAGUUCGACUCCCGUCCAACCCUGAAUCAAAAGAAAGAUCAACAACACGAUGAAAAUCAAUCUAAAGCCUUGGUUCUCAACAAGUCCAGGCCGGUGUGGGAUUGUGGCAGCUCACUCUACGACUCGGUAGAGCUCGACUCGUUCAAGCGCCAAAUCGACUCGGCCAUAUCAUGCAGAACCAUGUCAAUGCCUCAUCUGUCUGAUCGCCGAGUUCUUCCUCCUGCUCCUCCUCCUUCACAGCCAGCCAUAACAGCCUCCAACAAAAAACCCUCGUCAAACAAGCUCUCUCGCUCGAUUCAGAAGCUUCUGAGGUCCGUGUUCAAGCCAAAUAAAUCAAGCAACAGCAACAACAACAACAACAAUUCUGGUGUCGUUUUUAGAGUACCAGAUCAUCCGCAGGCCAACAUCAAGGACGGGUUUUUUGUUGUGUACGACAAGACAGGUGCACUUACGACAAUUCCUGAGGUGACUCCUCAUGAGUUUAAUUUUGGUGGUCUCUCCCCGGAGAUUGGGGCGUUGGUCGGGAGGACAACCUCGGAGCGAUUUACAGCUACUAGUACUUCUAAUAUUGGUAUUUCAUGUGCUUAAUUAAUGAAUAUAUAGUUUAAUUAUUAUAUAAUUAGCUAUAAAAUAAUACUAAUUUUUGCAUACAUUAUAAAUAUUUAAUAUGGCCUUUACAAUUAAUGUGUUAGGAUCGAUGCUAUUAAUUAAUUAUUUAUAUUAUCAUGUUUCUUCAGGUUUAUAACUUUGACAAGUUCAUCCGUUUGUAUUAUUGACUGCUUUAUAUGGUCGAUGCGUAUAUGUGCCUUGGUCAAUUGCAUGGCUUCGAUCUAGGGUUUAAUAUAUUAUUUAACCCGCACCUUUUA